UAUAUUUGCAGGUGGACUCCAUCUGUCAAUCCAUUAACCUAUACAAUAUUAAAAAUCGACUUGAUGUUAUUUAGGAAAAUUAUUUUAUUUUGUUGGUGAUGGCCUAUCUCCCAUCUUACUCAAGUAAAAACUCUUGAGACUUUUCAAAUUAACAGGGUGCAGUGCAGUGAUUCAUCUUUCUUCUUUCUUCUAUCUUUGGCUCAACUUCAGUCCUUUUUUUCCUUUGAUUUCCCGAAAGCUAUGGAGUUCCUGAGCUUAAUCGUGGGUCUGGUCCCCUGCUUCUAUGAUCACACCUCCAAGCAUACGGUCUACAUUCGCGAUCUGAAAAAAAAUCUCCAAGCCUUGAGCAAGGAAAUGGUGGAUCUCAACAACUUGUGUGAAGAUGUGAAGGCAAGGGUUGAAGAUGCAGAGCAAGGACAGAUGAUACGCACAAAGGAAGUGGGUGGGUGGAUCCGUGAAGUGGAAAACAUGGUGAAAGAUGUUCACGAAAUUCUGCAAAGAGGGGAUCAAGAAAUCCAGAAGAUAUGUCUCAGAUGCUGUCCCAGGAAUUGUUGGUCUAGCUACAAGAUUGGAAAGGCAGUAAGCGAAAAGCUGGCUGCUGUAUCUGGUCAAAUCGGCAAAGGACAUUUCGAUGUUGUAGCCGAGAUGCUGUCUUGUCCUCUAGUAGAUGAACAGCCCAUGGAGGAGACUGUGGGCUCAGAAUUGGCGUAUGGCAGAAUCUGUGGGUUUCUCAACGAUCCACAAGUGGGAAUUAUGGGAUUAUAUGGAAUGGGGGGUGUGGGCAAAACCACCCUCUUGAAGAAAAUCAACAAUGACUUCCUCACUACGUCCAGCGAUUUUGAUGUUGUGAUUUGGGUUGUGGUGUCAAAACCGUCCAACAUUGAAAAAAUUCAGGAAGUUAUUUGGAAUAAAUUACAAAUCCCACGUGAUAUAUGGGAAUUUAGAAGCAGUAAGGAGGAGAAGGCUGUAGAAAUAUUGAGAGUUCUGAAAACAAAGAAGUUCGUGUUGUUGUUGGAUGACAUCUGGGAGCGACUCGAUCUGCUAGAAAUGGGGGUCCCGCGUCCCGAUGCUCGAAAUAAGUCCAAGAUAGUUUUCACGACCCGGUCACAAGACGUGUGCCACCAAAUGAAAGCUCAUAAGAGCAUAGAAGUGGCGUGUUUGUCGUCAGAAGCGGCUUGGACUUUGUUCCAGAAGGAGGUAGGAGAAGAAACAUUGUCUCAUCCACAUAUACUGAGGCUUGCAAAGACUGUUGCUGAAGAGUGCAAAGGUUUACCUCUCGCUUUGAUUACUCUUGGGCGAGCCUUGGCGAGUGAGAGAGAUCCCUCCAAUUGGGACAAGGUAAUACAAGAUUUGAGCAAAUUUCCAGCUGAAAUUUCAGGUAUGGAAGAUGAAUUGUUUCAUAGAUUAAAAGUCAGUUAUGAUAGGCUGUCUGACGAUGUCAUCAAAUCUUGCUUUAUGUAUUGUUCCUUAUUCUCUGAAGAUUGGGAGAUUCCUAAUGAAAACGUUAUGAACUUAUGGAUAGGCGAGGGAUUUUUGGGUGAAGUUCAUGACAUACAUGAAGCAUGUAAUCAAGGGCGUAAAAUUAUUAAAAAACUAAAGCAUGCAUGUUUAUUGGAGAGUUGCGGUUCAAGAGAAAAACGGGUUACGAUGCAUGAUGUGAUCCACGACAUGGCUUUAUGGUUAUAUGGUGAAUGUGGGAAGGAAAAGAACAAAAUUUUAGUAUACAAUGAUGUUUCUAGGUUGAAGGAAGCUCAGGAAAUUCCAAAAUUGAAAGAGGUGGAGAAGAUGUCAUUACGUGAUAAGAAUGUCGAGAAGUUCCCUGAAACAUUGGUGUGUCCCAAUCUCAAGACUUUAAUUAUUGAGGGAUGUCAUAAGUUGACGAAAUUUUCAAGUGGAUUCUUUCAAUUUAUGCCUUUGAUAAGAGUCUUAGAUUUUUCAUUUAAUAACAAUUUAAGCGAGUUACCUAUUGGGAUUGGUAAAUUAGGUGCCUUGAGAUAUCUUAAUUUGUCAUUCACAAAAAUAAGAGAGUUGCCUAUUGAACUAAGGAAUUUAAAAAAUUUGAUGAUUUUGUAUCUGGAUUAUAUGAAAUCCCUUGAAAGUAUUCCACAAGAUGUGAUAUCAAGCCUUAUAUCCUUAAAGUUGUUCAGCAAUUUUGCAGUCAAUAUUUUAAGUGGAGUUGAAACUAUGUUGGAGGAGAUGGGGUCCUUGAAUGGCCUUAGUGAGAUAAGGAUCACCAUUUCCAAUGCUCUUUCAUUCAACAAAUUGAAGAGCAGUCACAAAUUGCUGAGAUGUGUAAGUUGUCUACAGUUACUAAAAUGGGGGGAUGUGAUUACACUUGAAAUAUCAUUUCCAUUAUUGAAAAGAAUGGAGCAUUUACAUGGGCUUUUAAUAUCCCAUUGCAAUGAAUUAAAAGCCAUCAAAAUUAAUGUGGAAGAAGAAGGGACAAACAAAGAUGUUGCUCUCCCAAACUACAUUGUCCCAUGCCAAGAAUAUUUCUGCACCCUUCGUGAGGUGGGUUUAGAUCAUUGUUCAAAAUUGUUGGACUUAACAUGGCUUGUUUAUGCUCCAAAUCUUGAAGAACUUUACGUUAAAGAUUGUGAAUCAAUAGAACAAGUGAUACGCUAUGGAGUAGAGGAAAAAUUGGAAAUAUUCCUUAGGCUCAAAUACAUCAAAUUCAGCAAGCUACCGAGAUUAAAGAGCAUCUAUGGGCAUCCAUUGCUAUUUCCCUCACUUGAAAUCAUCAAGGUGCGUAAAUGCAAAAGCUUAAGGAGCCUUCCAUUCGAUUCCACCACUUCAAACAAAAACCUAAAGAAAAUUGAAGGAGAGAAGAGUUGGUGGAAUCAAUUGGAGUGGAAUGAUGAAACUCUCAGGCACUCUUUUACUCCGUAUUUCCAAAUCCACAAAGAGUCCAAAACUGGUGGCAUAGAUGAUAUGCAGGAGCAAUUGAUAUCAAAUUAAUUUAUAUCCGUCUUUCAGAUUGGAGAUGUGCUGCUCUUUUUCCUUGUAUCUGGUAUUCGGGUGAGAGCUCGAUUAUGUUUGCUUGCUUACUGGUCCGAGUUUCAGAUA